AUGUCUUCAUCCAACAAGGCUCUCCAAUACUGGCUUUCCUUAGAUUUCUAUAAGGCCACUCGUGAUGAGGCUUCGUCCUUCUCUGAGGAGGAUAUCGCCGAGCACUUGAACCCCGAGAAGCGUUUGGUCUUCGGCACUGCUGGUCUCCGUUCUCGUAUGGGUGCUGGUUUCGAUCGUAUGAACUGCCUCACUGUGAUGCAGGCCUCUCAGGGUCUCUGCAGAUACCUCGAGGGUCAGUUCGGUAAGGAGGCCCUUGCUGAGCGUGGUGUUGUCUUCGGCUUUGAUGGUCGUUACAACUCCAGACGUUUUGCUCACGUUGCCGCCGCUGUAUUCCUUUCCCAAGGCGCUAAGGUCUACUUGUACGACAAGGCUACUACUUGCACUCCAUUCAACCCUUACUUGGUUAAGAAGUACAACUGCUGUGCUGGUGCCCAGGUUACUGCUUCUCAUAACCCUAAGAUGGAUAACGGUUACAAGGUCUAUGCUGCUAACGGUGCUCAGAUCAUCCCUCCUAUGGACAGUGAGAUUUCUGAUUCUAUUGCUAAGAAUCUCGUACCUUGGAAGGAGGCUCUUGAGCUUCUGGAUGUUGAUGGAGAGUGUUACCUCAAGGACGCGUCUAAGAUCAUCGAUCCUUAUGAUGAUGUCCUUAUGACUUACCUCGACCAGAUGUAUCAUGAGCUUUGCCGUUUCCCCGAGGAGAACAAGAAGUGCACUUUGAAGUUCGCUUACACCGCUAUGCAUGGUGUCGGUCUUCCCUUCACCACUGGUCUGUUGAAGAGAUUCAACAUUCCGGAAGAGUGCGUUAAGGUCUUCGAGCCCCAGGCCCAUCCUGAUCCGGAGUUCCCUACUGUUCCGUUCCCCAACCCUGAGGAGAAGGGUGCUCUUAAUCUGUGUCUAGCUUUCGCCAAGGAGAACAACUGUGAUUAUGUUAUUGCUAAUGAUCCUGAUUCUGAUCGUUUCACAGCUUGUGAGAAGCAGAAGAACGGCGAGUGGCAUCAGUUCAGUGGUGAUGAGCUCGGAACCAUCUUCGGAGAUUUCUCGAUCUUGAUGGCACUCCGCAGUGGUGUCCCGGCCGAGAAGUGCUUGGUUCUCAAUUCUACGGUAUCUUCCAAGAUGCUAGCUGCUGUCGCUAAAUACUAUGGUUGCCGUUAUACCGAUACCUUGACCGGUUUCAAGUGGCUUGCUAACACUUCCCUCAAGAUGAUCGAGGAGAACCCUGAGCUCGUCCAUUGCCUUGCUUACGAGGAGGCUAUCGGCUACGCUCUGACUAUGGCUGUACCCGAUAAGGAUGGUGUCACUGCUGCCUCUGUGUGGGCUGAAAUGGCCAACUACUGGCGUCGUGAGAAGGGUAUUACUCUCUACGAGCGUCUUGAAGAACUCCGUCAGACUGUUGGUUACUUCGCCAACAAUAACGGUUACUUCUUGUGCUACGACCUUAAGGUUAUGAAGCAGAUCUUUGACGAUUUCCGUAACAACGGUGCUUACGCUAAGACUUUGGGUUCAUCUACUAUCGCUGGUAUUCGUGAUGUCACUCUUGGAUAUGAUUCAAGAAUGGAUGACAAGAAGAGUGUUCUCCCUACUACUCCUGACCAGCAGAUGAUCACUCUCUACUUCGAUAACAAUGCCGUUGUUACUCUUCGCGGUUCUGGUACCGAGCCCAAGCUGAAGUACUACUGUGAGAUGUCCGAUAGGGAAUCCGAGGAGAAGGCUGCGGCCAACUUGGAUGUCGUGGUUAAUGAUGUCAUUAACAACUUCUUGCAACCCGAGAAGAACGGUCUCGAGAGACGAUAA